UAAAUGAUCCAGCGGAAAGAGAGCGGCUCGAGUUAAACAUUUGCUCGUAGCGGUAAAUUGCAUUGCAUUGUCUUUAAUACAUUUUCUGCGGCCGACAAUAAACAUUAGCGCGUGUGUUCUGCCCCAAAAGUUUAACUGAUUAACAAAAACUGCGUUUUGCUUUCCCGAAUCACCAAGAAAAAAGCCGAAAGGGAGGUGCGCGAACAAAGCUCUUGCCGCCAAACGCGCAGCUGACGAAUUCGUGGGAAUAAACGUGCGUAAUUAUCGCCCGGUAAUAAUCGGAUUUUGCGUUUUAGGUCUCUGGUAAAGGAAAAGUCGCCUGUCCACCCAGUGUCAAUCUGACAUUCGGUUUCUAUUUCGUUUCUAUUUCGUUUUCCCUGUUUCGUUCACGUCCCGUUAAUUUUAGCUUUUCGUGUUUUCCUUGUCCUUCAACGUGAGCGUUACUCCUUCGUGUUUUUGUUCUCUGCGUCGCGACAGUGCAGCGUGCAACUCCUUUGGUGGUGCGAUCACCUGGUUUGCGAAGAAACGGCGAUAAGUGAAUAAAUUAUCAACGUGUGCAAAUCAAACUCGAAUUUAAACGGAUAUCAACUAAAUCAAGCGAGAAAGCUCCCACAUCCGAUUGCUCACCGAUUUGUAAGUUUGCACUACGAGGAAAAAGAAAACGUAGCGACCAUGAUGUCCUGCCCCAUUCCCAUGCAAUUGCAAAUGCCAAUUCCUUCAUUACACAAAUCAGAAUUUGAACCGGUUAAUAUUGGAGUUAAGCAAAUGCAAUUGUUGCACGCACCGCCGUCCACGCAUCCGCAUCCACAUCCGCAUCAGCAUCCGCAGCAUUCGGCAGCCUCAGCCGCAGCCUAUCAGGCCUUGCAGGUGCAUCAGCAGCAACACCAACAGCAGCAGCAGCAGGCGGCCGUCUUUCACCACCAGGUUGCUGCCAUUGCCGCCCAGCAGCAACAACAGCAACAGCAGGCGCAAGUGCAGCAUCAGCAACAAAUGCAGCAGCAGUUCCACUACCAAGCCCAGGCUCAAGCUCAAGCGCAGGCCAUGCUGCAGACGUAUAUGCAACUUCAGGUGAACAGUGCUGUGGGUGUGAGCACCGCCCCCGCCACGCCUACCAAACCGGUAGCCGCCCAGAUUCCGGGUGCGAUCUCCGGACCGAUUGCGGGUCCGGUUCCUGUAUCUGUGCCGACACAGUUCUUCACGGCGCCGAGCACUCCAUUGACCAUCAUUCCGGCGGCGGCGGUGGCCUCGUCGGCCAUGUUCGCUACCGCGGCCACGCCCACUUCGGCGGCCACCACUCCGACCAACAAUGUAAGGAUCGACGAACAAUAUAUAUAUAAACUGAACUAUUUGCGCGGAAGCGACGAACUUUUGAGUCAAGCAGCGGUCAUGGCGCCCGCUUCCGACAAUAACAAUCAGGACCUGGCCACAAAGAAGGCCAAACUGGAGCCGGGCACCGUGCUGGCCGGCGGAAUCGCCAAGGCCUCAAAAGUCAUCCACUUGCGCAACAUUCCGAACGAGUCCGGCGAGGCAGAUGUGAUUGCCCUGGGCAUUCCGUUUGGACGUGUGACCAACGUGCUGGUGCUCAAGGGCAAGAACCAGGCUUUCAUCGAGAUGGCCGACGAGAUCUCCGCUACUUCGAUGGUGUCCUGUUACACAGUAAAUCCGCCCCAGAUGCGCGGCCGCAUGGUCUACGUGCAGUUUUCUAACCAUCGCGAGCUGAAGACGGACCAAGGUCACAACAACUCGAUCACCCAGAGCGACUACAGCGCCCAGUCCCCGGCGAGCGGAUCGCCUCUGCCCCUUAGCGCCGCUACCAAUUCUACCAGUAACAAUGCCAACAGCUCAAGCGACAGCAACAACAGCGCCAUGGGAAUCUUGCAAAACAACACAAGCGCCGUCAAUGCGGGCGGCAACGCCACCGGGGGACCCAAUACUGUGCUCCGUGUGAUUGUCGAGUCCUUGAUGUACCCCGUCUCGCUGGACGUUCUGCACCAGAUCUUCCAGCGCUAUGGAAAGGUGCUGAAGAUUGUCACCUUCACAAAGAACAAUUCAUUCCAGGCCCUCAUCCAAUAUCCGGACGCCAACUCCGCCCAGCACGCCAAGUCGCUCCUGGACGGGCAGAAUAUAUACAACGGCUGCUGCACGCUGCGUAUUGAUAACAGCAAGCUGACGGCUCUGAAUGUUAAGUACAACAACGACAAAUCGCGCGACUUCACGAACCCCGCUCUGCCACCUGGUGAACCGGGAGUGGAUAUCAUGCCCACCGCCGGCGGACUGAUGAACACCAAUGAUCUUCUUUUGAUCGCCGCACGUCAGCGACCUUCUCUCUCAGGUGAUAAAAUAGUCAACGGCCUGGGCGCCCCCGGAGUCCUGCCGCCCUUUGCCUUGGGCCUGGGCACUCCACUGACCGGCGGGUACAACAACGCCCUGCCCAACUUAGCCGCUUUCUCGCUGGCCAACAGCGGCGCCCUGCAGCCGGCCGCUCCUGCAAUGCGAGGUUACUCGAAUGUCUUGCUUGUCUCGAAUUUAAAUGAGGAGAUGGUCACGCCUGAUGCUCUCUUUACCCUUUUUGGUGUAUACGGCGAUGUGCAACGUGUAAAGAUUCUGUACAACAAGAAGGACUCGGCACUCAUACAAAUGGCGGAGCCCCAGCAAGCUUAUUUGGCCAUGUCUCACCUUGAUAAAUUACGUUUAUGGGGAAAGCCGAUACGUGUGAUGGCAAGCAAACACCAGGCCGUUCAGCUGCCCAAGGAGGGACAGCCGGACGCAGGACUAACACGUGACUACUCGCAAAAUCCGUUGCACCGCUUCAAGAAACCGGGCAGCAAGAACUACCAGAACAUCUAUCCGCCGUCGGCGACACUGCAUUUAAGCAACAUUCCCUCAUCCUGCUCUGAGGAUGACAUCAAAGAAGCUUUCACCUCAAACAGCUUCGAAGUUAAAGCAUUCAAAUUUUUCCCGAAGGACCGUAAAAUGGCACUGCUGCAACUGUUGUCCGUUGAGGAGGCUGUCCUAGCACUGAUUAAGAUGCACAACCACCAGCUGUCCGAGUCGAAUCACCUUCGUGUAAGCUUCUCGAAGUCGAACAUCUAGAAUCCGAUGCGAAGUCAGGUUUACUGAACCUGACUAGGUACCUCCGGCGGGUACAGCUACA